AUGAGGCAUGUUCAGACAGAGAGGUGUCAGUUCAAGCUCAGUUCUGUCAACGAUCCAGUAGACCACCACCAUCAAUAUGGGCAAGAUCAUCUUAUUCGAGGAGAGGAACCUCCAGGGUCGCUCUUACGAGUGCGUGAGCGACUGCGCCGACAUAUCCUCCUACUUGAGCAGGUGCCAGUCCUGCCGGGUGGAGAGCGGCUGCUUCAUGAUCUACGAGCGCACCAACUUCAUGGGCAACCAGCACUUGAUGAAGAGGGGCGAGUACCUCGACUACAUGAAUCUGAUUGGCCUGAGCAGCGGUGUUAAGUCCUGCCGCAUGAUCUCCGUGCACAGAGGUCAGUUCAGGAUCAAGAUCUUUGAGAGGGAGAACCUGGGCGGUCAGAUGAACGAACUGAUGGACGACUGCAACGACAUCAUGGAGCGUUUUGGCAUGACCGAAUGCAUGUCCUGCCAGGUGAUGGAGGGCCACUGGCUGCUGUUUGAGCAGCCCAACCUCAGAGGCAGGAUGGUCUAUGUGAAGCCCGGGGAGCAACGCAGCUUCAGGGACAUGGGCCUGAGCAGCACUCGCUUCAUGAGCAUGAAGCGCAUCACAGAUUCAUGCUAAUUGUACAUUGUUGCUCAAAUAAAUAUCAUGACUU